AAUGUACUUCGGUAUCAUAGAAAUAGACCUGAUGGUUGCUACAUAAAAAUAACGUUUAAUAUGUUGAAACACAAAAACAGUUUGACAUUUCUAUCAGCUGAUGGGAAUCAAUAUGGCUGCUCGGAAAACAUGUUGUCUAGCCAUAGAUGAAGGGACGCCUACAAAUGAUUAACGUUGUGUAUGAAAUAAAAAAAAAAUUGUGUAAAAAGAUAGUGAAACUUUUGUAAUUAUUGUAUUUCACGAUGGCUGGUAGCGAAGAAGUUUUAGAAGGAUUCAUUUGUCCAAUAUGUAUGACAGAUUUCAAAGCACCUCAUCAGUUGACCAAACAUUUUGAAGAUUUUCAUAAUGAUGAUCCGGAAAUUUUAAAAUCGCUUAAAGAUCUUUUUGGAAAGGCUAAAAAGAAAAUUUUAAAGCAAGAUGAAAUACCAGAUUCGUUCAGAGAAAACAUAUCGCAUAACAGGCAACGUAGUCCAGAACUUAAUUGGGGCCCUCAAGAAAUAGGCACAGUAAAAUCACAUACAAAGUAUUUUAAAGAAGUAAGAAAUAUGAGACUGGAACGAUAUUCUACCGAAACUAACAAACUUUUAAUAAGAUUAGAUAAAUUAUUAAAUAAUUUACCAACUGAUCCAGUUGAUAGAAAAGUUCAUGAACGUACCAUUGUACCGUGGAUAGAUGAAAAAGAUGUAAAAUUAUGUCCAACUUGCGCAAAGAGUUUUCACGUUGCAAGAAGAAAACAUCACUGCAGACUUUGCGGUGCUGUUAUGUGUCACAGUUGUACAAUCUUUCUAUCUUUACAGGAUGCGAAAAAAAUGACAAGUCCUGUAUCUGUACAAGAUGAUUUAGCAGUAUCUCCUACUUCUGAACGUCCAAUCUCAGAACGCAUAGUACGCGCUGGUAUCGGUCUUACGAAACUAGCUAGGUCCCCAUCAAGUAGUAGUUUGAAUAGCGUAUUAUCAUUGGUUAAUGAUUCAGCAGGUAGCGAACAACACUUUAGGAUUUGUACACAUUGUGCAAAUCUGCUUGACGCAAGAGAAAAACAAAAAGCAAAACAUUUUGAUAAACCAAUUGUAUGUCAGUUCUAUGAGAAGAUGAGAUCAUACAUGGAAGAGGCAUCUCAACAUGUGAAAAUGUAUAAUAAAAUGUGGGAAUCUUUAAGUGAAGGAGAAUCUACAUAUAAUUUAGAAGAUGCUCAAACUUUGCGAGUUAAGAUUGCAAAAUUAGGUGAAAAUAUAGACUUAAUUAGCAAAAGAAUUUCAGUACUUGGAAUAAGAUGCGUGGAAAGUCCUCCACAUGAACAGGAAGUACGAUUGCAUCAUAUGGUCAGAGUAUCUGCAAUGAUAUUUCUGAAAGAGGAAUUGCUAAGUGUACAAGCUUUGCCUUCGCCAGAAAGAUAUACCGAGUUACAGAAAGAACGUCAAAGACGAUUAGAAGCUAGAAUAGCGUACGAAAGGCAGUUAGAAGAAGAACAGAGGGAAAAAUCGAAAGAACAACGUAAUAAAAAGGACAUAUGGAAUAAUAGUGAUGCUCGAUCUUCUCUAAAAGAAAACAACCAAGAUAAACCCGCGGUUGUAUUGAACCAGUCACAAGGUUGGGGUCCUUCCAAUGUUACACCUAUGAUGCCUUCUUCAAUGGAUCCUAUUAUUGAACAAAUGAGUAACCUUCGAGCUUACAUUAAACAAGCUAGAGCUGACUGCAGAUAUGAUGAAGUUGCAACUUUAGAAAGUAAUCUUAAAGAACUUCAAAGCGCCUACUUUACUAUGAAACAGAGUAAUAAUAGUGAUGGUUAGGUCGUAAAAAUAUCUACAUUUUUUACUAUAGAAUCUUGUAUUUCUUAUCAAUUACAAUAAGACUUAAUAAAUCUCUCUAUUACGUCACAAGUUUCACUGCAUCUAUCUCAUGUAUUACUGCACAAUGUGAUAUAUAUUUUGAAAGUUCCUCAACAUUAUUAUAUUUAAUUCCAAAAUCAGCGUGACAUUUCAUAAAAAAUAUAUU